UUUCCUUGUCCAUUAAAUUUAAUUCUAUUUGUUAAUAUAUUCGUUUAAUAUCAAUUAGUAUUAAAUACAUAUACUUUUUAUACAUAAAACACUUUAAAACUUAACUUAUUUUUCUCACUUAAAUUAACAAAAUGGUGAAAGUGAAAGUACAACAAGGCUGGUUAGAAGGUGAACUAUUAGAAUCCUCAACAGGACAAAGCUCUUUUCAUAGUUUCAAAGGGAUUCCAUACGCUACUCCACCGUUGGGGAAAUUGAGAUUUAAGGCACCGCUGCCUUCUCAAUCUUGGGAUGGAGUAAGACAAGCAAAAGAAUUUGGACCUGUUUGCUCCCAAAAAGACUUAGUUAAUGAGAAACUUUCACUAGGAAGUGAAGAUUGUUUGUACCUCAACGUUUAUACACCCAAUGUAAAACCAUCCACGCCUUUCGCUGUUAUGGUAUUUAUCCACGGAGGUGCCUUUAAAUGGGGUUCUGGCAACGAUGAUAACUAUGGUCCUGACUUCUUAAUGGCUCACAAUGUAGUCCUAGUUACCUUCAAUUAUAGGUUGGAAACAUUAGGAUUCCUAUGCCUCGACACAGAAGAAGUUCCCGGCAAUGCAGGAAUGAAGGACCAAGUUCUUGCUUUGGAAUGGGUAAAAGAAAAUAUAAAUAACUUUGGAGGUGAUCCUGAUAAUAUAACAAUUUUUGGUGAGAGUGCAGGUGGAGCUUCUGCAGCUCUUCAUCUCUUAUCUCCUAUGUCUAAAGGUCUCUUCAGAAGGUGUAUUCCGAUGAGUGGUGUACCUUUUUGUGACUGGGCAGUACCCUUUGAAGCUAAAAGACGCGCUUUUAUAUUAGGGAAACAAUUGGGCUUCGAUACGAAGGAUCCCAAAGAACUUCUUGAAUAUCUUCAGAGCGUCCCAGUAGAGAAGCUCAUUGACGUCAAACCAUGCGUGCUAGCUGCUGAAGAAAUAACUAAAAAAGUCUUCAAAAUAUUUAUUUUUACUCCUGUGGUAGAAAAAGAUUUUGGUAGUAAUAAUUUCCUGACGGAAACACCAUUUCAAGCUCUAAAAAAUGGUAACAUAAACGACGUAGAUGUCUUAAUUGGUAAUACCAGUUUAGAGUCAUUAAUAUUAUUACCUCUACUUGAUAAGUUAUCUGUAGAAGAAUUUAUAAAAUAUCCAGAGCUAAUAGUUCCAGUAAAAAUGUCUCACGAAUUGGGGCCACUAAAGAUUUUAGAAAUUGCAGAUCGAAUUUAUGAGCAUUAUUUUGACACAAAAGAUGAAUCAGUAGAUAUCGUUAAACAGCUCGCCAGCUACGCCAUGGAUAUAUUUUACGUUUAUGACAUUUAUAGAUUUUUGAAACUCCUAACAAACACUGGCAAAAAUAAAAGAUAUCAAUAUAGAUUCUCAUCUAUUUCCGAUAGAAAUGUGUACGGACAAAUCGGUGAAAAAUAUGGCUUAACUGGAGCUUCUCAUAUGGAUGAUAUGAUGUAUUUAUUCGAUGCGAAACAGACUGUUCAGACUAUAGGGGAAAGGGAACAGAAUUUAAUAAACCAAGCAUGUACACUUUUCACAAACUUCGCUAAAUAUGGCAUACUGACUUCGGGAUCAUGUGAAGUGGACUGGCCAGAAUACGGCGACGGAGAAUACUAUGGAGACAUAGGAGAUAAAGUCACUAUAGGGCAACACCUGGACAAGGACAUCAUCAGCUUCUGGAAGAACCUUUACGAUUAUGCUGGAAUUGAGUUUAUAUAA